GGAAAUAAAAUGAAUAAGAUGUACCGGAGGGGCGUCACGUUGGGCGCGUGUGAUUGUUUUCCGAAUGAAAGCGCACGUAGCCGCCGGUGAACAAGCUCAGCGUCCGGCGCCGGUCAGCGGCAGAGCGCGCGGUGACCAUCUCAGAAUGGAGCCACCAAGUGAGUCUGUAACCAACUUUAGCCAUGGCUUUACUCUGCUGAGGGAGCUGAACCUGCAGAGAAGAAUGGGUCAGUUCUGUGACUGUGUCCUUCAGCUCCGCAUCCACCCCGGAAGGCUCUUCCUGGCCCAUAAAAGCGUGCUGGCCGCGUUCAGCCCCGUGCUCGCGUCUCUUCUCCCGCGCCACGGUGCCCUCGUGGACUUAAACUUUCCCUGCCUCACUCCUGAAACGCUGGACAUCCUCCUAAACUACAUUUACACAGGUGCACUGCCCCCACGCAGCCAAGAGGAGGCUGUACUCUCCGCUGCCUUCCAUCUGCAGAUGGAACAGCUCCAGCAGGUGCUUAGGUGGAGGAGGAAGGCCUUGCCUGAGAUGACGCACACAGUUCAGGAUAAACUCAACCAGAAGAGGACAUUUGUAGAGAGACAGUCCCUAGAUGGGACCCCUCUGGCCCCUCCGUCCUAUUACCCAUAUGGCUCAGACCCACCUGAGUCGUCCUCUCCAAGCUGCGAGGUUGUCCCAGUCAUAUGCCAUGUCAAGACGGCAGGGCACAACAAAUUCCAACUACAAACCCACUGUCAAGAUAGGAGCUCCACCUUCGAGCACACUGGAAAUGUCUCAGAUGCUGACAAACAGGCCCAUCGUGGAUGCCCUCAAACCGCUCAUGGAGUAGAUAACACCUCCUUGCUAGACCAGUUCUUUGAGCCGGCACAGUCGAAACAAGACAAGCUUCUGGUUGUCCUGUCGGAGAGUUCUCUGAAUGAGCUGCCAUGCGUUGUUGCUGAGAAGGUCGGCAGCCAGUUCAGUAACUCCAGUGACAGUAGAGAGUUUCAGUCCACUUUGCCUGAAAAUGCCUCUCAGACUCCUGCAGUUCUACGUACCAUCAGUAAAGAUUUGCCCUCUGAAACUGAAUGUAGUCAAACCAGCAGCCACAGCUGUCCCCAGUUCAGCAGAUGUGACAGCAAUGGGGAUAGCAGAUGUGUUUCCGAGAUGGAUGGUAUCCAGUCCUUCAAUCCUUUUGAUUCAGGAAAAGGUGAACAUCUUGCAGAAAUUCUUUCAGACACCUUUAAUGACAAUUCGUACAGCACCAAUGGCCACAUUCUUAAGGACAGGCCUCAUCUUUGUGGUCAGUCGGCCGCAGAGACCUGCCUCGAAAGUCAAACACCUUUAUGUUUGCAAAAUUCUAGCAGUACCGGCAUGACACGUGAACGGAGAACUUCGGAUUCUGAUAUAUGGCCGCUGGGAAUAUUAACCGCUGAAAAGGUUGCCAUCGGAGAGCAACCCCAAAAAACCAGUCACGCCGAAAGUGAAGAACUCUCCAAAAUGAGGAAGGAUUAUGUGAUUGCCUAUCAAGGACAGCUGUAUAACCAAUGCCUGCUGGAGCGACGCCACUCUAAGGCAGACUCAAGUGACUCGGACAGUGACCGAGCAUUCCCAGUGUCCAGUGUCGAGGACAAAGACAGCGCCACAGUUUUGGAGACGAUAGAUAUCACAGAGAUAUCGCUCUCAGCCAGCCGGCCAUCCAAAUCUCCUGGGGAACGCUCGUUGACCCAUCCGUUCCAAUGCUCCAUGUGCGAACGUGCCUUCAGCCAGCGUGGCUCUCUGAACAGACAUAUGCGCUCCCACCUGGGCGUACGACCCUACUCCUGUCCUCGGUGUUCCAUGACAUUUUCCAGGCAGUAUAGGGUCACAGAGCACAUGCGUGUGCAUCAGAGGAGCUGUGAAGGCCCAACUGAGGGCCACCUGAGGACUGCAGCUGCAGGGGUGGAUGUGUAAAAGAAAAGUUCAGGAGUUUUCUAAAACUACCCUACAUUUACUUAUCUAGUAAGGAGUGUUGGGAUGUUCCUCAUCUCGGUAUCAAAUGCCUUGAGUUCCUCAAGAAUGUCUGGCAUAACUUCAGAUAUGAAUAAAGUGGAUCCAUUUGUGGCCUGGAGGAAGUCCUGACCAUCCAGAGAGUCAAGGCCAUCCCUUGAA